AUGCUUUACCAUCUUUGUGUUCGUGCUCAUGGUGAUCAUUGUGAUCAUGGCGAUCAUGGUGAUCAUGAUGAUCAUGGUGAUCACGAUGAUCAUGAUGAUCAUGAUGAUGGUGAUGAUGAUCGUGUUCAUGAUGAUGGUGAUGAUGAUCGUGUUCAUGAUGAUGGUGAUGAUCAUCAUCAUGAUGCUCUCGGUGAUGGUCGUGAUGCUCCUCAUGAUCGUACUCAUGAUGAUGAUGAUGAUGAUGUUUAUCAUGAUCAUCAUGCUUAUCAUGGUCUUUAUCAAAACUGUGUUUUUCAUGUUCAUUAG